CUCAAUUUUGAACAGUGUUUUGAUAUAGACAAAGUUUUGGAAAAAACAGAUGAAGGAAGAAUAAUAAUGGAAACGUUAAAACAAGGAACUCGGCCGACAGAUGCUCUUUUAAAGAAAAUUACAUGCGUGCUAUGUGAUUGUUUGCAUGAUCUCUACGGGUGCCGUCCGAGUAAUUAUUAUAAAAAUCAAAUUGCGCUUUCUUUGGUUAAAUCAUAUCCAAUUUUGGCAGCUGUUGGAUCCGAUGUACCACAGGCCCUCUGGUUUCAUGCGCAUGCUAGAGGAAUCAACCGCCACGCUGGUCGCAUUUAUUACCGCAUGGAAUAUUUGGCAAGAAAGUCCGCCGACCGUAUCUCUAAACGACGUCGAAUUGAAGAGCUGUCACCACCAAAUCAGUCUGAAAAUGUUUCCAUAAAUAACGAUAAUGUUCCUAAUGAGGAUUUUAUUGCAAAGACGGAUGAGCUGAAGUACAUCAAACCAAACAACCAUUCUAAGACACGAAUUCUGGAACUCUGGAAAAAAACUUUGACGCAUCGUUUGAGUAUUUUGAAUAAAGGAACAAAGCAGUAUGUAAAUGAUUUCCCAGUUGUUUUUGCCUUCAAUGGUUUGUUGAUUUCUUUGGAUUUAUAUCAGCUAUACCCAUCAGCAAUGAACUUCGUAGAAAAGUGGGAUCAGCUCGAACCAAAGAUUUUAUUGAAAUAUCUAGAGGAAUUUAGAGAUUUGAAAAAUGAUUUUUUACGAGCUUUAGCAAUAGUUCGCAUUAAAAAUCCUUCCCGUGGUUCUAAAAAAACAAAAAUGCUAAUUCUAGAGAAAACCCUUUCUAUGGAAUCAUUGAAUGGGAAGAGAUUACAGAUGAGCCAUCCAAAAUACUUCAAGUUCCACUCAUCGUAGUUCGAGGACAAUUAGAUGACUCUCAAGACUGUGCCAUUAUGUGAAUUAGUGACGACAGAAAACCUCAAGUCAGCGUUCGAGAUUUUAUUGCAGCUAUAUUUAGUUUUUAAAAUUGCUCCUAGUCCAUCUGAUAAACAUUUCUUUCUUUUUUUUUGGGGAGCGAUUUAUAGUAUCAAACAAUUAAGUACUACAGGAACCAAAUUUUUACAAGGCCUGUAAUUUGUAUUCUUUAUUUUUUGUUCUAUAAAAGAUUC